GCGCCGGCUACAAAGCGGCGAAGGUCACGGCGCGAGCAGGAGCGCGCGGGCCGCCGGGAAUCCCUUCUGCGGCCCGCGCCCCCAACGCGCUGACCCGACCGGGGAGCCAUGGAGGGAGUGAGCGCGCUGCUGGCCAGCUACCCCACCGCCGGCCUGGCGGGAGGCCUGGGGAUCACGGCGUGCGCCGCCGCCGGCGUGCUGCUCUACCGGAUCGUGCGGAGGGCGAAGCCAACGCACACGGUGGUCAACUGCUGGUUCUGCAACCAGGACACACUGGUGCCCUAUGGUAAUCGCAACUGCUGGGACUGCCCCCACUGCGAGCAGUACAAUGGCUUCCAGGAGAAUGGAGACUACAACAAGCCGAUCCCCGCACAGUACAUGGAACACCUGAACCAUGUGGUGAGUGGCGCACCUAGCCCCCGGGACCCCGCACAGCCGCAGCAGUGGGUGAGCAGCCAGGUCCUGCUAUGCCGGAAGUGCAGCCACCACCAGACCACCAAGAUCAAGCAGCUGGCUGCUUUCACGCCACGUGAGGAGGGCAGAUAUGAUGAGGAGAUUGAGGUGUACCGCCACCACUUGGAGCAGAUGUACAAGCUGUGCCGCCCUUGCCAGGCAGCUGUUGAGUACUACAUCAAACACCAGAACCGUCAGCUGCGCGCCCUGCUGCUCAGCCACCAGUUCCGGCGCCGGGAGGUUGACCAGGCCCACGGACAGAGCUUUGGUUCCUCGGCAACGAAGGCCCCCUUCCAGGUCAUCCUGCUCCGUGCCCUGGCCUUCCUAGCCUGUGCCUUCUUGUUGUCCACUACACUGUAUGGCCCCAACGACCCCUUCACCCCAGGGGCUGCCCUGCCCCCGGCCCUACCUCCUGGGGGCAACAGCUCCGCUGCCUCCGACAACACUACUACUCAGGCCGAGGGAUGGCAGCAGCUGCUGAGCUGCUUGCCGGAGCACGCCACACAGAAGCUGCAUGAGGCCUGGGCCUUUGGACAGAGCCACCAGACCGGCGUUGUGGCAGCGGGCCUGCUCACCUGCCUGCUGGCCAUGCUACUGGCUGGCCGCAUCAGGCUCCGGCGCAUCGAUGCCUUCUCCACCUGCCUCUGGGCCCUGCUGCUGGGGCUGCACCUGGCGGAGCAGUAUCUGCAGGCCGCUUCGCCCAGCUGGCUAGACACACUCAAGCUCAGCACCACGUCCCUGUGCUGCUUGGUGGGCUUCACCGCAGCCGUGGCCACAAGGAAAGCGACAGGCGCACGGAGGUUCCGGCCACGCAGGUUCCUCUCAGGAGACUCCGUCAGCCUUUUCCCCUCCAGCCCCAGCCUGGCCAUGCCCUGCCCGAGCAUCACAACCUCGCCAGCCUCCCUGUUCGUCCCCACCCCGCCCGGCUUCCUGCCUCUCACCAAGCAACAGCUGUUCAGAUCUCCCCGGAGGGUCUCGCCCUCCUCGCUGCCAGGCCGCCUCAGCCGGGCCCUCUCACUGGGAACCAUACCUUCUCUGACCCGGACAGACUCUGGAUACCUGUUCAGCGGGAGCCGCCCACCAUCUCGGGUGUCUCCACCUGGGGAGGUUUCUCUUUCAGAUUACUUCUCUCUGCUGUCGGGCAGCCUGCCCUCCUCCCCACUCCCUUCCCCAGCGCCUUCGGUCGCCAGCUCCGUGGCCUCCAGCUCUGGCUCCCUGCGCCACCGCAGGCCCCUCAUCAGCCCUGCCCGGCUCAACCUGAAAGGACAGAAACUGCUGCUCUUCUCAACCCCCGGGGAAGCACCCAAUACCCCCAGCAGCUCGGAAGAGCACUCGCCGCCCAAUGGCAGCCUCUUCAUUGAGCCUCCCCAGCUCCCCCAAAGGAAUCGCACGCGGGACACCAAACACGACAUGGACAUGAGAUCGAUGCUGGCAAGAGACGGUGCCUACAGCAACCCCUCCAUCAAGAAAGAGGACGACUCGUCACAGUCCUCCGCCUGCAUGGUGGACACCACCACCAAAGGGUGCUCAGAGGAUGCUGCUCCCUGGAAAGGUCGCGUCGGCCCCUCUCUUGUCCGGGGCCUCCUGGCUGUGAGCCUGGCUGUCAAUGCACUCUUCACCUCAGCCUACCUGUACCAGAGCCUGCGCUCAUCUCCUUGAGUGCCCUCGGGACGGCACUACCCAGGUGCAUGCUGCAUCCGCCACUGCCGCUCAGAUCCCCUGAGGGGCUCUGUCUCCGCCUUGACACCAGGGCCCUUGACCCCCUGGGUUGAGUCCCUGACCUCAGGAUACCUGCUGUCCCCCCAACAGACUGCAGGCAUCAGCUGUGUUUGGUGCUGACACUCUGACCCUGAAGCCAGGGAUCUCUGACAGCUGCCCAGCUCCGGGGACACUGGUGCUGCUGUGACGCCAGCGCGGGCCAGCACGGCUGCCUCUGCCCUACUGCUGCCAACAAUCUUCCUCUACUCCGAGACACCAGAGGUCUGCCUCAGAGUCCUGCCAAAAACCCAGAUGAAGAAGGCCCUGGGAGGAGCAAGUGGACCCCAACUCACUUCAUCCUCACCCCGCCCACUCAGGGAGCAAGCCUCCCUGAGCCCCUGACUAGACGGCUCCAGCCAGGGCAGAGCAGGUGGGGCUACAUUAAGUACCGUGUCCCUCUCCCCGACUCCUGCCUCACACACCUGUUUUGUGACCUGUGGUGACUCAGCAAGUAGCUCCAUUGCCCUGAGGGCACCAACACCACCCGUGCCCAUUUGUCUGAGCCUCUCUCUCGUCAUCCAGAGUCCUGGCCUGGCCGUCAGUGCCACGUGAGCUGCACAAUUCAGACGAGACUGGACCCCUCACACCGAAACCCCUCUCUCCUUCAUCCUGCCCCCACCUCUGUCCCAGGUGACUCUGGCUCCUGCCACCUCAUUUGGCCUCCGUGCCCAACCACUGCUCUGUUGAGGGUACUGCAGACUUGUGGAGCACAUCUGUCUCACGAGGAAGGAGGGACUUUGGCUUAACACUGGCCCUUUCGACACUGUGGGGUGACAUGUGCCUGUGGGGGUCGGUCCCGUCCCCCAACCCAGGCCUUGGCCCCAGGAACAUGUGUGUAUGUGUGUGUGAGUGUGUAUAUGUGUCUUUGUGUUACAUCAGGUGGGAUUUGUUAUGGGGGGGGCAUGGGGCAGGGAAGGGUCUUCACUGUCAUUCAGGGAUGAAAUUCAGCUUUAUUUUUCUACACAUUUUUUGCCAGGAGAGGCAUGUGCUUUGGAACAAACGCCCCCAGCUCUCCCUGCCAGGAGACUGCGUGUUAAGCUUGGUGCUUCCCAGUCUUCUUUCUGUUUUUGCUGCAGGGAAGGAGGCCCGACCUGACCUCCACACUCUGUCCUAGGAGCUCUUGAUGACAUCCUGGGUUGUCGCACACCCCAGCAUGUGGGCAGUCAGGGCAGUGUCAGGACUUCAUGAGCCCAACUGCCACCAAAGGUUCCAGCUUGGGGGUGGCACUUGUAUAGUGUCUGCAUUUGUAUAGUGGGUGCAUCAAGUUUAUUUUUUUUUCUGGCUAAUGAAACCAAAUUGUUCCCCAGCAUCCUGUGUCCUGCCCUGAGGAAGCACCCAGGAAAAGCUGUGACCCCUCCCUCCCAGCAGGCCAGCCUGCCGCCCUGUGCACCCAUGAGGGGCUUCUACUUGUGUUUUGAUUCAUACAUAAAACACGUUAUUUUUCUUUACAAAAGCAAAAAAAACUUAAAAAACCAUGCCAACCUUUGACUUGUA